AUGCAUUGGAUGCUUCGCCGGGCCGCACCCCCCCAUGCCUCACGCACGCGCAAAUGGGGUCGUCGAUUUCUCUACUGCGCCGGUCUGUUGGCUACCGGCUACGCCUGCGCCGACUACUGGACAGGCAACUCUUUCACUCGCUCUCUGCGUGCAGUCAAGGCGACGGCGCAGAUCUCGUAUUUGUACAAGACGAAAACGCCCGAAACUCGUGAGGAAUAUUCCGACCUGCACCGCAGGGCAGCAGAAUUGAUUUUAACGGUAUGUUUGAAGAACGAGGGUCUUUACAUCAAGCUGGGACAGGGCUUUAACGCACUGAAUCACGUCCUUCCGCGCGAGUACAUGGAUGUGUUGAAGGUGCUCCUCGAUAAAGCCCCGUCUGUGCCAUUGGAAGAUAUUCAUCGAAUCAUUAAGGAGGAAACUGGAAAGACAGUGGACGAGAUUUUUUCUCACUUUGAUCCCGUACCUGUCGCCUCAGCUUCGAUAGCUCAGGUGCACCGGGCCACGUUGCGGCCCGCGACUCCGCAAGAUGAGCCAAAGGAAGUUGCUGUCAAGGUUCAGAAGCCGUACAUUCGCUAUCAAGUCUUUUGGGACCUUCAGACGUACCGUUUCCUUACGUGGGCAAUUGGAGUUCUCUUCAGCAUGCCGGUGGGUUGGGCACGCCAGAGCGUCGUCGACGGUGUUCGUCGUGAAACCGAUUUUUCUGCAGAGGCAGGCAAUGUGGAGCGAAUGCGGCUUGAACUUGCCGACAACCCAAACGUGUAUGUCCCAAAGAUAUACAAGGAAGUCUCCACGCAGCGCCUGCUGGUGCUGGAGUGGAUAGAUGCCGUCAAAUUGGUCGAGGUGGAGACCGUGCGUCAGCAGUUUGACGCCGUUACUGUUCUCAGAACCAUUUUCGACGUUUUUGGGGACAUGAUUUUUAAAUAUGGCUUUGUGCAUUGCGACCCGCACGCGGCCAAUAUUUUGGUUCGCUGCCCAUCGCCGAGUGGGCAGCGUGAGGAGCACCGGUCGUCGCCGAAAAAAUGCAAAAAACCGCAAAUUGUGUUGCUGGAUUUUGGUAUGUGCUGCCCGGAGAGGGAGAGGUUUCGUGUGGAAUACGCCUUGCUCUUCAAGUCCAUCGUGCUGGGGGAUAUGGAUACCAUACGUAAAAUUGUCACGUCGUGGGGCAUCACCGAUCCCGAGGUGUUUGCCUCGAUUCAGAUGCAAAAGCCUUACGAGUCUUUGCGCCGCGGCAACUGCGGCGAGGUUACCAAGCGGGAGGUGUUUGAAAUGCAGGUAAAGGCGCGGGAAGCUGCCCGGACAAUGCUGAGGGACCAAGAAUUGGUGCCACCCGAACUGCCCUUGGUGGGGCGCAGCAUUGACAUCCUUCGGGGGCUUAACCGUCUCUACGAUGCACCAAUCAACCGUGUAAACAUGUUUGUUCGGAGGGCUGUGGGAGGGCUCGGUCCUAUCAACAGCUAUGAGAGUGCUCAGUACUACCUUGAGCAGAUUGCUCGUCCGAUCGACACCGCACCAGCAACAGCGACGACGGCGGUAAAAGGUGCCGCUGCCCCAAAAGUGGUGUCUGUGUUCGAUGCGACUGUUGAACAGCAACGGCGGGAGCAGGCGGCGGCAGCGCUGCGGCUCCAUGCAAGGCGCAACGCCUCUCUCGCAGGUUGGUUGCGCGAGCAUGUUCUCUCCGCCUAUAGGAGGGUUAUAUUUGAAGUCGUGCUCUUUUUCUUCGAUGCCUAUCACCUGUUUGGGCGCCUGUACAUGAUGCUUCUCAUGGCGUGCAUGCCGCAAAAAGCGGGCGCAAGGAGAAAUGAGGACUCGCUCGAGGACCUCCUUCAGAGGCGGGAGCUUCGCUUUGGUGGCAGGUCACCACGUUCACCGAGUAGGGACUAA